GGGCGGCCGCCAUGGUAGGGCGGGCGGGGAACUCCAAGGCACCGGGCCUCGGGGCCUCUUCGGCGUCCUGCGGGCUCGGGUACUCGCCACCCGACCUCGCUCGGGUGCCACUGACUGGAAUGAGCCCUUUGUCACCGUAUUUAAACUUGGACCCCAAGUAUCUAGUACAGGACACAGAUGAGUUUAUCUUGCCCACAGGAGCCAACAAAACUCGAGGCAGAUUUGAGCUGGCCUUUUUUACCAUUGGAGGAUGUUGUAUGACAGGGGCAGCGUUUGGGGCACUGAAUGGUUUGAGACUUGGCUUGAAGGAGACACAGAACAUGCCGUGGUCAAAACCUAGAAACGUACAAAUUCUAAAUAUGGUGACAAGGCAAGGAGCAUUAUGGGCUAACACACUGGGAUCACUGGCUCUACUUUACAGUGCAUUUGGAGUCAUCAUUGAAAAAACACGAGGUGCAGAAGAUGACCUGAACACCGUAGCUGCUGGAACCUUGACAGGAAUGCUAUACAAGAGCACUGGUGGGAUGCGUGGGAUGGCGCGAGGAGGGAUCGCGGGGCUGACGCUGACCGGCCUCUACGCUCUGUACAACAACUGGGAGCACAUGAAGGGCUCCCUGGCCCGGCAGUCCCUGUGAGCAGGGCAGAGGACACACUUGCAUAGUCACCAAUCAAAGCAGUUGUGAGAUAUAUCUGGUGCCCCUUCCUAUUUUAUUUACAAUUAGGGUGAAACCGAAGGAAGCUGUGCUGGGAGGAACCUCUUGACACCGUGUAGCUGGACUGGCCCUUUCCUUCCCACCAGCCAGUUGCUGGAGAGGCAGCAAUAUUUGUUGGACUUGCAAGUGAACAGAGUGGCCACCAAGACAGUCUUCCUGGCACGCUCACCAGCCAGCCCUGGGCCAGAGCCACAAGGCCUGCUCAAGUCCCGCUGCCAGGUUUGCUGGGGCACGGCAGCGACAGCCCCGUAAUAAAGUCUGUGUCCAUAGACCAUUCCCUGCAGCCUCAGCACACAUCACCUGGCAACUGGCACAGGGCAAGGCUUGUUACUCUGACAGCACAAGGCAAGCUAUAAAAAGGGACAUCAUCAUUAAUAAAAAGGGUGGUACUUACUCAA